AUGAAAAAUACACUUGUUCAAAAUAUCCUAAAAAAAUAGGGUAACACUAAUUUAAUAAAAAUACAUACACCUAAAUAAACAUUAUUGCAAUUAGACUCACCUCCUAAAGGAUUUUUCACAAAAGAGUUUUUUGAAAAAAAUAAAAAUAACAUUCAUAUUUAUGAAUCCAUUGAGGAAAAUAUGAAAUAUCAUUACCUUAAUCCAUAAUCAAGUUUUGAUCUAUCAAAUUAAGCAGAUAUGUAUUAUCCUUAUAGCAAUAACAUGAAAAUUAAUAGAGACUUGCAUCUUAUUUUAGCAGAAGCUUAUUUUGGUUCAACUAAGCCUAAAACUGCCAUAAUAGGUAACUAAGCAACUUCACGUUUGGUUAGAUAUAUUUAGGAUUUAAAUUAUGACCCUGUUGCUUGUGAUAGUAAAAGGAACUUUAAAGACUUCACAAAUUAUAUUUUAAAUCUAAAUGGGAUUUCUUCUCAAUAAUUAGUAUAAAUGGAAAAAUAUGAAUUUCUAUCUGGUUAGAAAUUCGAUUUCAUUGAAAUUGAGGAUAUCUUUCGUAAACCAUUUGCAUUAUUAGUGCCUGCUCUUAAGGCAAUUAAUGAUGGUGGAUUAUUAAUAUAUACAAUUUAAUAAUUUGUUCCUAAUACUAUGGCAAUUGGAAAAUAAACUAAAUAAUAAAUACAUUUUUUUCCAAAUGACAUUUAAUGCAAUUCUGAAACUAUUAUUUAAGGAACCCUUGCUAAAUUUGAAUAAGUUGCACAUGAUCUUGGUAAACAUAUUGAACCCCUGUAUUCUUAAGCUACUGGUAAUUAAGUAGGACAUCUUACAUUAUGUAUGUCAGUGAGAAAUGGAAAAAAAUAGAUUAAUCAUUAUCAUGCUUAUUGUUCUACUUGUGGUAGAUUUACAAAUGGUUGUGAAUAAUCAAAUAAUUGUUCAUUUACAGGAAUGGGUCCAUUAUAUAUAAAAAAUUUAGAUCAAAACAAAGAAUUUUUAUAGAAAUGUUUAUAAAUUAAAAAAUAUACUAAUUGGGGAUUCUUAUAAAAAAUGUUAGAAUAAAUACAUAAUAUUCCUUCUGAUUGUUAUCCAUUCUACAUUAAUAAAUAUAUCAAAUAUGAGGCUUCCUUUUUCUUUUAUGAAGUAUUAGGAAAUGAUGAAGGAUAUUUUGUAGCCAAAUCUCCUUAUCAUAAUAUGCCAACUAUUUAUACAAAUAUGCCUUGGAAUAUUUUAAUGGGCAAACUUCAUUAAUUUGUAAUUUAUUAUAUUUAUUAAUAGAUGAUUGAUAUUAAUUAAAAGCCUUCUCCUUAUAUAGAAUCCUUCCCAAAACAACCCUUAAAUCAUUUAAAUCUUGAAUUAGCAUUAAGAAUACAAUAUGAUGAAGAAACAAGAUUAUAAUCGCUUCCAAGAUAAUUAAAAGUUAGAAGAUAAGAUGAAAUGGAAUAAUAAAAUUGAU